AUGACAGAUGGUGGACCUCAGUUCACCAGCUCUGAAUUCAAGAAUUUUCUGGGCAGAUGGGGUGUUCAACAUGUGAUAUCCACACCCCACUAUCCCCAAAGCAAUGGCCAUGCUGAGGCAGCUGUAAAGAAGGUCAAACAUUUUAUCCUAAAGGUAGCACCUUCUGGGAAUAUCGACACCGAAGACUUUGACAGAGGAUUGUUGGAGAUACGGAAUACUCCUAACUAUGCUGGCCGUUCUCCAGCACAGAUAUUAUAUGGCCAAGCCCUCCGAUCAUGUGUUCCAGCCCAUGCAUCAUCAUUCAAGCAGGAAUGGCAAGCGAAAGCAGAAGGAUACGACCGUCGUGUAGCAUCGUGUUCUCAAGCAGCCAAAAUACGGUAUGACAGCCACGCACACCCUUUGGCACCACUUAAGCUUGAUGAUAUUGUCUGGAUUCUAGACCCUAUCUCUAAGCGAUGGGAUAAGACAGGCGUUAUAAUGGGCAUCGGCAAGUCGCGAGACUACUAUGGGAAGAUACCCUCAGGAAGAAUAUUACGGCGUAAUCGCCGUUCCUUACGCCCUGUACAUCUCUCUAAUUCACAAUUAUGGGAUGAGAUGCAACAGUCUCCAAAGAAGAAGGAUGUAGCCCCUGCUACAAGUCAACAACCGCAAAGUGACACUCACCUAGAGUAUCGACGUUCACCUAGACUCCAUACCCGUUCAUAA